CCAGUGGCCGACCUGAGGCUGACGUUGCUCGUGCUUCACGGAGCUCCUGGGAAAGCGAAAUGGAGGGGUGUGUGUCUAACCUAAUGGUCUGCAACUUGGCCUACAGCGGGAAGCUGGAGGAGCUGAAGGAGAGCAUCCUGGCCGACAAGUCCCUGGCUACUAGAACUGACCAGGAUAGCAGAACUGCAUUGCAUUGGGCUUGCUCAGCUGGGCAUACAGAAAUUGUCGAAUUCUUGCUGCAACUUGGAGUGCCAGUCAAUGACAAAGACGAUGCAGGUUGGUCUCCUCUUCAUAUUGCUGCUUCUGCUGGCCGGGAUGAGAUUGUAAAAGCCCUGCUGGGGAAAGGUGCUCAAGUGAAUGCUGUCAAUCAAAAUGGCUGCACACCCCUACAUUAUGCAGCUUCCAAAAACAGGCAUGAGAUUGCUGUCAUGUUACUAGAAGGUGGGGCUAAUCCAGAUGCUAAGGAUCAUUAUGAGGCUACAGCAAUGCACCGGGCCGCAGCCAAGGGUAACUUGAAGAUGAUUCAUAUCCUUCUGUACUACAAAGCAUCCACAAACAUUCAAGACACUGAGGGUAACACUCCUCUACACUUAGCCUGUGAUGAGGAGAGAGUGGAAGAAGCAAAACUGCUGGUCUCCCAAGGAGCAAGUAUUUACAUUGAGAAUAAAGAAGAAAAGACACCCUUGCAAGUAGCCAAGGGUGGCCUGGGUUUAAUGCUCAAAAGAAUGGUGGAAGGUUAAACAACUUGGAUUUAUUCUUACUUUAUAUGUUCUGUUGUUGUCCCUAGUGUCCUGGAAAGUAAUUUCCUUGUGCACAAAACAUCAUUCACCUGUGAAUGAUGAAGUUUUCUCACCUUCAAAGUCUUAUAAACACAUUGACUGUCGUUCCUGCAGGUGUAUUUGUUCUAAGCUUAUAACUUGCUUUCCAGGCAUUGAAUAACUAUUGAUAUUGUUCUACUCUUGUGUAUUGUUCUAUAUUGAAUUUUAGUUAGUCUUGAGUAAGUAAUUCUGUGGUUGUUGGGAAUUGGCAGCACCCUCCCAUACACUUUCUAUCCCCCUCCAAGGCAGAACAACCCCAACAGCAACAAGCCAAUUGUUCUGCCAGAUGGGUGUAGGUGGAUUCUACAUGAUCCUCCUUACAGUUGAAAUAUAUCCUAAAGUGUUUUUCAAGCCCACUCAGAGGCCUAUGCCAAAUAUUUGGGUUUCUUUCCAGCCAUAAAGUUUAAAUUAUUUUUAUUAUAGGAGGAAUACCUGUAUAUUUUAGUGGACCAAAUAUUAAUUUGGAGGGUAUGCUCCAAAAUAGUGGAAAACUGUACCCUGUGUGUGUAUCCAGUAGCUCUCUGGUGAGCUGUAGCCCUCCAAAAUAAAGUGUAUUGUUUUGAAAUAAGGAAGUUUUCAACAGCCUAUUGCAUUGCCUUGUAUUAAAAAGAAUGUCAAGCUUGUUAAGAUGAUAUGUAACAAAAACGUAUUUUGAUUUGUAUUUCAGAAACAAAAUAAAGUGUUGAAAGAA